AUGGCCGGAAGUCUUAUCGCCCGCAAGCGGACCAUCCAAUGUAGAAGCAAGGUAAAAACUGGAUGUGCAACGUGCAGGAUACGGAAGGUCAAAUGCGACGAGAACAAGCCAUUUUGUCAAAAGUGUGUUGGCACUGGUCGUACUUGCGACGGCUACGAGUCCCCGUUCAGAUUGGUCACCAGUCAACGCAUCAAUAACGCUCGUACUGGCGGCAUCAAGUCGGACGCUGGUUCCCGACCCAUCCAACCCAUCCUAUCUGAGAUCGCUCCUCAAGACAUUGACCUCCUCAAUCGUUACUUCUCGAUUAAGACUAUGUUCAACGUGAAACUGGACUGUGAUAAAGAAGCCAAGCAAAUCCUCCAAGCCAGCUUGACUGAUCCGUCCAUACGACACGCAGUCUCUUCUCUCAGAGCGCUUCGGGAAGAUCUCGAGACGUUCAGAGGUGUUCCUGCGUCUAUCGUGCAGCAAACCCCAAGCUAUGACUAUGGUCUUCAGCAAUACUGCAUGGCUUUGAGGAGUCUCGCGUCUAACUUGUCCUCUCCUGGCUCCGAAGAGUUGAAGUCGGCAUUACUUUGCUGUCAGAUUUUCAUCAGCAUCGAGCAAGUGCGGGGGAAUUUCGCUACCAUGGGCCAACAUAUCGUUCAAGGACUUAGGAUCAUGCACCAGUAUAGAGCAAGGCCUGUCUUUCUUGCCGCGAAUAGAUUGGUCCCAGCACACCAUGACCAGCUACCUUUCCUAGAUGUUUUUGUCAUCAAGUUGUUCGCUGCACCUUGCAAAUUCGCGGAUUCUCCCGCAACAGCUGAUACAAGCGGGAUGAUGGUAUCUGCGUGUUGGACGUCGCCGCAUCAACAGCCUGUUCAAUCUCGUAAUCUUCGCACCAUUGCACCCGACAUGCGGACAGAGCUUACAAGGAUCGCUACAUCGACACUUGUAUUUCUCAGCAGAUUGUCGCAUGUCGAAUCGGCAGGAAACGCUCUUCAACUGUUAUCCGAGAAAGCGUCACUGCUAGACUCUUUGGAAUCGUGGCUCAUUGAUCUUGAAAUAGUUCGUACGGAGAUCAGGCCUCCUGGCCCUGAGCUUAUCUCAGUAACUUUUAUGCGCUUCUUCUAUCAGAUAUUGAAAGUCGUUCUUUUGGGGGCACUAGACUCCUCACCAGAUCUUUAUGCCGAGCUGCAGACCGAGCAUGACCGAUUACAGGGUGUAGCGAGUAACGUGGGUGAAAGAGUAAGAGCUAUUAGAUCCUUCAGUGGGACUAGAGAGUGA